GGGCCCACCAGCGCCUGCUCGGGAGCCACCAAGUCCCCACAAAAUCGGCUGUUUACCUGCAGGGCAGACAGGACCCGAAGCUCCUGCCCUUUGAGGCGCUGGCUGAGGGGCCUCAGAAUGGAGAUCUGGGAAGGGCACAGCUGUCCACGGUGACCUCAGCCUGUUGUGGGGCUUGAACUUCGUUCCACACUCCAGAAAGCAAGGGUUUCUCGUCGUUUUUCCUUCCACGCCCCCCUUCCCCGGAUGUCUAAGGUGAAGUGUUUUUCUCUCUUCUCCAGCUCAGAGGCUGAGAAUGGUCUGGAGGAGAAAAAGAAGAUGUGCAGGUCGCCAACAGCCCAGCCCCCUACCCCGUCCGGCGAGGUCGAGUCCCCAGACCAGAAGAGGAUCAUUUCCUUGCGGUCAAAAUCCAGUUUUGAUGGUGCCUCUAUAGCAAGUGAUAAGAACGACUGUAAAACAGAAAGCAAAAAUGAAUCUAAGGCGGACAGGAAGAAGUCUUCAUCUUCCAGCCAGUAUAAGGCCAACAUGCACUUCCAUAAGCUGUUUCUUGAUGUCCCAACUGAGGAGCCGUUGAGGCAGAGUUUUACCUGUGCUCUACAGAAAGAGAUACUAUACCAGGGGAAGCUCUUUGUGUCAGAAAACUGGAUUUGUUUUCAUUCCAAGGUCUUCGGAAAAGACACUAAGAUCUCUAUUCCGGCUUUCUCCGUCACCCUAAUAAAGAAAACCAAAACUGCCCUUCUGGUGCCAAAUGCCCUGAUUAUAGCAACAGUCACAGACCGGUACAUCUUUGUCUCCCUGCUCUCCAGAGAUUCCACUUACAAACUACUGAAGUCUGUGUGUGGGCACUUAGAAAACACAAGUGUCGGAAACAGUCCCAACCCCUCUUCUCUUGAAAACAGUUUCCGGGCAGACCGCCCUUCAUCUCUGCCUCUGGAUUUCAACGAUGAAUUCUCAGAUCUGGACGGAGUAGUUCAGCAAAGGCGGCAAGACAUGGAAGGAUACAGCAGUUCUGGUUCCCAGACUCCUGAAUCCGAGAACUCUCGAGAUUUCCACGUGACAGAAUCCCAGACGGUUCUGAAUGUCUCCAAGGGAGAAACAAAACCCACUCGGGCAGAUGCCCAUGUGAAUAGAGUGCCUGAAGGAAAGGCCAAGAGCCCCCCCGCACAUGGUCCAUCAGAAACCAUUGGAAUCUUAAACAAAGUAAAGCCUCAGACAUGUACGACUCUCCAUCAUAUUCUUAUCUUUUACGCAAUUGUGGUCUGUGCGCUAAUCAUCUCGACCUUCUACAUGAGAUACAGAAUUAAUACUCUGGAGGAGAGGCUGGGGUCCCUGACCUCCACUGUGGACACUCAUCAUAACGGACAGACAGCACCAUCUGGCCUGGGGUCACAAGUACAAUUAAACGUGGAGGUCCUCUGCCAAGAGCUCACGGCUAACAUAAUGAAAUUAGAAAAGAUCCAAAACAACCUGCAGAAGCUGCUUGAGAAUGGUGACUGACGGACCACGUUGUUCCCGCCAACAUGAUACCUCGCGCUUCCCUUUGAAGAAGGUGCUCCCCGAGUCAGCAUGGCGGAGCGCUCCCUGCUGGCCAGAGGAGCGAGCCCACGGGCGUCCCCCGCACCGUGUUUGCACUUGGAGGUCUCCAGCUCAGGAAAGGGGGGGGGGGAUCGUUUUGGUUCCUGUGCAAUAAACAUGGCCCCUGCCUCUCUGAGGAAGUUUUCAGUGCUGCUGCCUGAGGAAAACAGACCCAUCCCUGGAGGUCUCCGUGGGGGCCUUGGUGGACACUCUGGUGGAUGAUCGUGGUUCCACAGUUAACCUGACUGUGCAGCCAACACACUCCACUCCAAGCCUGUUCAGUCCUCUCCUGCCCCCUUUUCUCUCCUGUACACCCCCCUGAACCAACCUUCAAACUAAGGGACAGAUCCCGUGCCAACAAACGUGAUAAGAUGCUUUCAAGAGUGAGCCAGGACUUUCUAAAACAGCAAGAAAUAGCUCUACUGGACAGACUCGCCUCAACCACCACCAGCACGUUUGUCCCUUCCCCCUUCCGCUGCGCUGUUCUGCUUUAAAUCACCUGUGUAUCUUCUCAGUUGAGUACCCGCAGGAAUAUGACAGAGUGGAUCAGAAAAUCCCACAUGUGUCGUGUUCAACUAACACUUAAUUGGACUGGUCGGCAUCCACCCCAGAUCAGGAAUCUGUGACACAUGCGACUCAAGUACUAAUUUAAGCUUCCUCUGCAUCCAAAACUAAUCUUUAAACCAAAAAUACCAUAGUGAUUUGAUACUGGAUUCAAAACACUGAAUUCUACAAUGCCUAGGUGGACCACGUUAGUUUUAAAGCAGGAUGUCCGUACUGAACACAGAAGCCCAUUUCAGCAUGACUAAAAGAAGUAACUGGUGGUUUGCUAACUUUUAUUUCCCAUGUGAGUUGGCUGGUUUUUAUUAAUAAUUAUUUAGGUAUCAUAAGAUCUGUAAUAUAAAUGAUAUUCUGUUUCUAUCAGCAAUGCAUUUUAUAAUCAUUUCUAUGAAAUGUAUUUUUAAUCAGAUACGCUAAUAAAUGAGUUAGUUACACCACUUGGAUGUGUCAGCCUCCUGUACAAGAUCGGUGCCUGGUGCACCCCGGCUGUUAAUAAAUCCUCACUGGUUAAACCGUC